AUUCUAAGAGUGGGUAGAUUAAGACUACCCAAGGUCAUGAGAAAGUCCUUUAAUCCGUUUGAUGAAGAUGAGCCCGGGGGUUUUUCUUCUUCCUCUAAACCACCAAGUUGGCCCUACGGAGGAACCACAUCAUCUGGACGAAGCGAAGUGCAAUGUCAAAUUUCAGAUAGUCAGUCAAGAACAAAAGCUAGCCAACAACGUGCAUUGUCCAGUAUAUAUAAUUCAGAACAAAUUGGUGUUGCAGCAGCCCAAGAACUUAUUGAACAAGGAGAAAAAUUAAAUCGUGCUGAACAGAAGCUUGAAGAAAUUAGUGAAUUGCAAAAAGAUAGUCAAAAGAAAAUUAAUACUUUAUCUAGUGUUUUCGGUGGAUUUAAAAACAUUUUUUCUCGAAGACAAUCACAACCUGUUCCUCAAAGCUCCUCGGUGGUGGACAAGACGUUGAAUAAUAGAAAUCAAAGUAAUCUGAGACAAUCAAUUCAGUGUGAAAAUUCAUGGGGCAAUCAGUACACAAGUACAUUGCAACAAAAAAUGAUUGAACCCAACAACACCUCGCAAUCUGCAGAUGUUGAGUUUGAGAACAAUUUAGCUCUAAUGGGCGAUGGCAUGUCUCGAUUAAAAAGUUUAGCUCAAGGUAUGCAUAAUGAAUUAAGAAGUCAAAAUGACCAACUUGAUCGAAUGGCGCCGCAAAUUCAUCGAGUCACUGAUACUAUGUCAAAUCAAAAUCGUCAAAUGAACAAACUUCUAGGAAUCCGACCAAAAUAAAAUAUUGCUUCUUGCUUUUCUGUGAUUUCACCUUUUACAAUUAAGAUAUGAAUGUAGUAGAUGAUGCACCGGUCUUGCUUGGGUAUUUCGUUCGAAGAAACCUUUAUUUCUGUCUACGUUUGAUUUUUUUGUCAGCUAUUCCCAACUGACUAUAUGUACACAAUUUGUUAUUUAGUUUAUUUUAAUUGAUUUAUUUUUUAAUAAAUUACCAAUAUGCUCUUUUCUCA